GACCCUCACAAUUUCUUAGCAAAGGGGUUAUCUCGUCCGAUGAGUUCCAAGCUUCUUCGUGACCCAACCAACACUUGAAAUAAAUACUUCCUCUCCUAGGGUUUGAAUCUCUCAACAGAAUUACGAAUUUCAAGUUUUAUUGUUCAGGUUUAGGUACUGUUGAAAUAUGGGGUUCAAAUCAGUUUAUAGGGCAUUGCAAGAUGUUUUUCCAGAGGUUGAUUCUCGUGCUCUGAAAGCUGUGGCUAUAGAACAUUCUAAGGAUGCCGAUUUGGCUGUGGAGGUUGUUCUUGUUGAGGUUAUCCCUAAUCUUCCUAAAAAAGCAAUUACAGUUGGUUCUUCAAGUAGUAGUAAGAGCUCAUCCAGUUUACUUGAAGGUGGCGGUGAAACUAGUAAACCCGAGUCAACUAUGGAUCGUUUAGCUGUUAAUUUAAAUGAUCAUGAACAGUCAACUAAAGAUUAUGUUGUUUCGAGCAUUGAUGGAAGCUUACCUGGUGUAACAGAAGCUUUGGAUGCUAGUGAUACCGCUCAACUUAACAGUCACACAGUUAUAGAGCCUGUAAAUCCCGAAUCACUUGCCACAUCAUCUUAUCACGAUGCAAAUGGUGAACCCGAAACUGAAUGCUCAUCAAGAUUCUUGGAGACGUUUGGAGACAACAUUGCUAUGAAUCACGACAGCACUUCUUCUGACAGCCAAAAUCAAGGAUGCGUGAAAGCUGGAUGCGAAAUUGUUGAUAAUGAAACAAUAUUUGUUCCAGCAAGCAACCAUUUAGUUGGAGUUUGUGAAACAAAUAUAGUUGCGACUCAAGAAUCGGGUCCCACUUUAUCAAAAUCUGCCUCGGAGAAAGAAGCGUCUGAAGUUGAGUUUGAUGAUUUAGAUGGUGGGUCGGGUAUGAGUUCUGUGCUGACUAGAUCAGAAGAAAAGUGUAGCAUUGAGCUUCUUGAGGAAAUUAUUGAAGAUGCUAAAAAUAACAAGCAGGCCCUCGUAUCGGCCAUGGAUUCAGUCGUUGAUCUUUUUCGAGAAGUAGAAUUGAAAGAAAAAGCUGCUGACGAAGCAAAAGAGGAAGCCACUCAGGGUUGCUCGGAUAUUCUUGCUAAGGCAAACGAGGUCAAAAAUGCACUUUUAAGGGCAAAAGAAACAAACGACAUGCAUGCUGGAGAAGUUAAUGCAGAGAAGGCUAUUUUAGCCACCGAAUUGAAAGAGCUUCAACUUCGUUUAUUCACAUUGUCAGAUGAGAGAAAGAGGUCGCUUGCUAUUCUUGAUGAGAUGCGCAAAGCUUUAGAAUCUAGAUUGGCUGCCGCUUUGGAUGAAAUAGCAACAGCCGAGCAACAAAAGCUAGAAAACGAACGGGCUGCUAAAGAAGCACUUUUAUAUCAAGAAAGCCAAAUGGAAAAAGUUGUUGAAGAGGCAAAGAAACUGAAACUCGUAGCCGAGGAGAAUACCAAGUUGCAAGAAUUUCUCAUGGACCGUGGCCGCGCAGUUGAUAUUUUACAAGGAGAAAUUUCCGUCAAAUGUCAGGACGUGUUACUGCUAAAAGAGAAGUUCGACAAAGGAAUACCGCUAACCCGAUCCCGAUCGCUUUCAUCUAGCCAAACAUCAUCGAUCUUAGCGUCUUCCGGUUCAUCGUUUAGAAGUGUCAUUAAACCCCUUGAACCUGAACCCGAGCUCGAAACAUUUGAAAGCCUUAUGAAGAGUACGGAGAUGAAUGAUUCAUAUGAUUUCGUCCUUAAAAUCCGUGAACCAGAGCCGACAUAUGAAAGCCUAAUGAAGGGUAGAGAGCUUGAUGAUUUGUAUGGAUUUGUUGACAAGAGUUUGACGUCGGAUGUAGCUCCAGAAGAAACUGCAAGUCGUGUUGGUGACCGUAAGAAGCUUCAGGAAGACGGAUGGGAGUUUUUUGACAACUGAUCUAUCAUCUACGGGACGUAUGUUAUUAUAUUUAUAAGUAUAUCUUUUGUAUGACCCUAACUUUGACCUUUUGUUUCGGCCCGUCGAAGUAGUAGUUAUUCACAAACUUUGUUUUCUGCUUUUACAUUGUUAAACUAAGUCGUUAUAAUAAAAAGCAGAACUAAACACGUGAA